AGGCGCAGUGGAGCGGAUUGGAGCGUAUACGCGUGUGUACAUGUACAACUUUAUUGUAUAAUUUCUUACCUGACAGAAAAGUAAAAUAUCAACAAGACUUUUUGUCCAUGGAUAGUUUUUAAUACAUAUUAUUUUUGGUUCUUGGUGACCAUGUGAACUAUUGAAGCCAAAAAGUGUUUUUUUUUUUAAUUAAAAAAAUGGGUAAACUUCAUUCCAAGUACGCCUGCAAAAGGAGAGAAAACCCUGAAGGGGACAGUUCUGUAGUCAGUGGGUUUCUUUCCAAAAGAGGAGGAGAAACCGAGAGAUCUGAGCAAAAAUCAAGGCACAUUCAGGACUUGGACAGGUGUGAGUUUAAGGAUGGACAUUUUGGAGACCACCACUGUCCUCUAGAGGUGGUCCUGCCUUCUGAGAAAGCGGAAGGCCGUGAGAGCUCUGUGCAGUUUGUGAACGGUGAUGAAGUAGAGCGAGAGAGCAAUAAAGCAAGGAAACGCAUCAGUCUAAAUGAGCUGGAGUGUGAUGUGUCUGUGGAGGGCGAUAACAGGCAGGAGUGGGUCUUCACCCUGUAUGACUUUGACAACAGCGGCAAAGUGACCAAAGAGGACAUGUCGAGUCUUAUGCAUACGAUCUACGACGUAGUGGAUGCUUCAGUAAACCGGCCGAGCCACAGUAAAAGCAAAACGCUCCGUGUGAAGCUGACCGUCACCCCUGAGCCCAGUCCCCGGCAGAGAGAACACACCACACAGACUGGGACAGAAAGGGACUGGAGCUGUAGCCGUGUAGACGGCACACAGCAGGAAGAGGUGCGUGAGAGGGGAGAGAAACGCCACUCUUCACACAUGAGGGAACCUCUAGAGAGGAAUCAUUACUGUGUGGAUGAGAACACAGAGAGGAGGAAUCACUACUUGGACCUGGCUGGCAUUGAAAACUACACCUCCAGAUUCGAAACCACAGUGCCCCUACAGAGCACCAGGAUAAUUUAUCACGCCCAUCUCACUCUCAGAGCCGCUCUCGCUCCCACGAGCCGGACUCGCACUCCCAGCAGCAGCGCCGCUCACAGCUCAUCGCCGAUCACUGCGCAUCUCGUGCUCUCCUCCCCACCAGACCCCAUAAAGGGGCGUCUAAAGCGGGCGGCCCCACCGCGACGAGGGCCAGCAAGUGCUACGGGCAUCACAGCGGCCAGGACGUGUACCACCUGCCCCAACAGAGCCAGUCUCAGCCGCACUCACACUCCCAGCACCCCCUGCAACACAGCCACAGUAAAAGGCUGAGAUCCAGAACGCACAGCAAACAUACUCCACAUUUACCUGAUCGGGAACACACAAACGCCGCAGGAUUUGUGGUGCCCAUGGUACAACGACACGAGCAUCAUCACCACCAUGAGCAUCAUCAUCAUCAUCACUAC